AUGUCUCCCUUCCAGCCCUUUUCCAUUGCAACACCCCGACUCAUCCUCAUCCCGACCCCAAUCGCAAUAAACCAGUUUCCCUACCGUGCCUUGUACGCCUCUCUCCACGCCAACACCGAUUUCUGCACCAUGGGCUUCGGCGCCCACUUCCCGGCGCGGAACUGGUCCGACGAGGAGACACGGGCCAUCAUUGCCCGCGAGAUCGCAAGAAAUUGGGAACCGUACGGGUUCGGCGAUUUUGCGGUUGGAUUGCUUCCUGGCACGAGAGAGAUGUCAACACGUGGAAAUGACUUCGUGGUCUUGCACGGAAAUAAUACCCUGACUCCAGCUGAAUUGGAAAACAUCAAAUGGAUUGGAUACGCAGGUAUCCGCGAUGCCACGACGACGUCCCUACCGCCACGGGAAGAAGGAGACGAGCCUUUCCUUCCUUGGCAGGUGAUGGUCGAGGUGCGCUACGGCAUCUCACCCGAGUUCUGGGGCAGGGGGCUUGCGAAGGAGGCGGCGGAAGCGGUGAUCUCCUGGGCGAUCGGGGAACGAGGCGUUAGGAGGUUCAUUGCUGAGACGGAGAAGGGAAAUUCGCGGAGUGGGAAGGUCUUGCGGGAACUUGGGUUCCGGCUUAGUGGGACGGAUUACUGGAAAGAGGAGAGUCAGGCUGAGUGGGAGUUUGUUGUGCCGGUUGAGGAUGGACAGAGGGAUAUGUCCUCUUAG